GUGUUGUUAUUUUCAGCUGAACAGAAAUGUUUCAAUGUUUCUGCUUGUAGAAUUUUGGAAUACACAGGGUGCAACAUUCUGCUGCUGUUGUGUAGCUAGGCUAAAGGGUGAAAUGUUGCACUUGGGGUGUAUUCAUUACGGCGAUUCUGUUGCAAAAAGAAAUAUUCUGUUCAUAACGUUGUGCAACAAAACGAGAGUUUAUAUUGGACAAAUUCGGGUAGGUCCCUCCCCGUUUCGGUUCGUUUGUUCUCCUUGCUUCCAGUUGGUUUAUAACGGUGUGUUCGUAAAUUCACUCUGGCUAUCACCUCCGAUUUCAGAGCACUCUCGUCUGAGUGUGCCAGAGCGCAGACUAAUUUACGACUUUACGAACCCCUGUUGAAUAUAGCCGGUGUUAGUAAACGUCGGCAAAAAAGCGUAAUUAAUCAUUGUUGCAAGCAGCACAGUUAACUGUCACCGACGCUCUGGAUAACAUGAAACAGCCUAACCAGCUCUGCUAGGGCAAAUAAAAUGGUCAGAGUGAGGUGUUCUCUCAUUCGUGUCUGGAAGUAGCUCGGAUCAAGCGUCCAUUGUGCGCUCUGAACACCCCGAGAGAGAAACGCUCUGAAAUUACAAACGGACAAUAUGACAACACUCCGAAUUUACGAACGCCCAGAGCACACUCUGAGUGUUCUCUGGCACUCCAGAUUGAAUUUACGAACACACCCUUAAUGGUUAGACAGUAAACGGUUUCCGUUGCAAGUCAUAACGAGUACACUCCUGAUCAGUUUUCGUUGAACUGAGCAAGUUUGCCCAUUUUGGGAGAAACCAUUUUCCAAGUAGGCACAACAGGAGCUCUGUAUUGCCCUGUUCAAAGCAUUCUGCAUUACAUACAUUCUACCAGGAGACUGAAUUCUCCUAAUGUCUAAUUUAAGCCUAUAGCUACUAUACUAUUUACUUAGUUGGAACUGAUAAAUGUCUUGUAUUUGUUAUUAUUUAUCUGUUUGUGUUGACAUGGUUACCAUCAACCACACUAUAAGAUAAACAAAUCAUUUUAGCCUUGAAUGUGCUUAGGUGCCUAAUACAAAGCUUCCCCCUUAUAAUGAUUAGCUAGACAACAGGCAGAGUAAUGUCUGAUUUAGCUAAAGAAAAGGCAGCUCAUCUUCUGAAGAAGAGAGGUAGUGUGUCAUCCCUUGGCAGCCAUGAUGUCAGAGCCAAGGAAACAGGGGGCAAGAUCAAGGAUUCUAUAAGCACCGUAUCCUAUAUCGAUGAGCCUGGACACCAUGACGAUAACCCUCGACCCGCAGUACAGAUGGAGAACACCUUCCAAUUGGCACCACAUAGACGCUUCCCUGUUCUCACGGUCAAUGACAUCCUGAAGGAUGUGCUCGCCAGUUACCUGCAAGAAGAGAAGUAUGAAGCUGAGCUCUGUCGGCAGAUGACAAAGACCAUAUCUGAGGUGAUCAAAGCCAGGGUGAAGGAUCUGAUGGUUCCUCGUUAUAAGAUCAUUGUUCUGAUCAGCAUCGGACAGCUCAGUGACCAGAACAUGCGCAUCGGGAGCCGCUGCCUGUGGGACUCCUCCAACGAUACCUUCUCCUCACACUCCUUCAAGAACAGCUCUCUCUUCGCCGUGGCCAACGUCUACGCUGUUUACUUUGAGUGAGUCAUCACCCAUGGUCACAGAUGACUGUCUUGGACUGUGGGUACUCAAGUCCUAUACAGUCUUAUGUAGUCUGUCAUAAGGGCUACAUAACAGUGUUAUAAGCAUGACAUAAUAGAUUUGAUAAAAAAAUCACGACUGUUGGUGUCAAUUUAUGACAACUGUGAUGACACAAAUAAUGUUUCUAUCAGCUAAUUGGGCAGGCUUAAAGCUAGCCAACUGGCUUGUCGUGACAGUGCUAAGUCGAUUGCCAUAAAGUGACACCGGCUGUAAUGUCAUUGUCACGACAGUCUUAUGUAACCCCUAUGACCGAGCUUUCAAGUAAAGUGUACCAAAUGACCUAUGUUCUAUUUCUGUAUUCGUACCAUAGACUGUGGGUAUUCUAAAAUUGUCUAUCAUGUGUAUGAUGUUCAUUUGCAUAUCAUGGAGAACGGUUGUGUGGAAGUGCUGGGAAACCUUCAAAUGAAGGUCAUGCCUAGAGCAUUGUGGUUUUAUCAAACAUACGUAUCAAGGAAGUAUCGGAGGCAAUAAGAAUAUAGUCUCAGGUUAAAGGAAAUAAGUUCAUACCAUAGUCUGAAUAUCUUUCUGGAAAUUAUUCAUUUUGGUUACAUAUGUUCUUGUCUGUGUAAUAAUGUACAAAUACUGUAUAAUACAGCAUUUCCUGAUCAUUUAAAUCGCAAAUAGCUUUUGCAAUCACUGUGGCACAUCGUCACACACUGUCUUGUCUUCUAGCAUAUUUUGAAUAUUGUUCUCAGAUUUUGUAAAGAGCAUGUUUUAUAUUUUUAAGAAACUUAGACUAAAGAAAUAGUCUAAGUUUCAUCCUGAGAGGCAAAGUCUGUUCAAUUCUCAUAUAGACCUCAUUCAGUGGAAAUGUUAUUCAACUGAUGACUCAUAUGGGUUUUCAGUGUCGUAACUUGUUGAAAUCAUUUGCUGGUCUUGUCAUAACUUGCUGAAUAGAUUAUUGAUUUUGUACAGUUGUCCAGUCAAUGUCAGUCAAUGUCUACUUGCUGAAUGUAACCCAUUCACUUUGGUUAGCUAAAAUGGUCCAUUGUACAACAUGUAAUGCCUCUUGUUGAAUUAAUAAAAGUCAGGUCAACCAUAAUAAAGAAAUCUGAGGAGAUAUCACCAUG